AUUUCCAGCCAUUGUGGCUUCUAGUAAAUAACAGCAUAAAUUAAUGAUUGCUUUGGCCCAAUCAACUUCAUUGGGUACUUUAGCAAUACUACUGCAAAACAGAUGUAGAUGUAAUUAAUAUUGGGAAAAGAUCACAUGGGACCACCCUGUAAACUAAAUGAAGAAGGACAAAAGUACAAUAUAAGGAAGGAAGCACAAUAUAAAGAAGUGGGAUGUAAAUACAAUAAAUAGAAACAAAUUUGACAAAUAAGAGUAUAUGUUAGACUGGUAGGGUCUUGAAAGUGGGUCUUUAAUAAAAUUGGUUGUAAAUGUAAAAGUCUGCUAAUCCCAAGGCAGUUCAGUGCUAUGUCUUCUGUUGGCUCUAAACUAAACAAAUUAGCAGCUUUUCUGGCUUCCUCUGAAUAACCAUGAUACCUGUAUCUUCACUAAUCUUUUUUAACUAUUAAGCAUUGGGAUCAUUUUGAUUUAUUUUUUGUUUCAUUCCCUUUUCCCCCUGUCUUCUAACCAUGAUGCUUUCUGUCAUUCCUCAGUGCCAACCCAUAUUAUUCUUUUUCCCUUUUCUGUUCUUUAUAGUCUCCACCAUUCAGAUUAAAGUGUCUUCUCCCCCUUUUCACUGCCAGUCUCCUCCUCCUGACUACAGUAACUACAAUGCUUCUGCUUCCACUGGUGCGGUUGUUCCUCCUCCUCCUCCUUAUGCCAAAGCAAUCUCAUCAGCAUCUGCUCUCCCUGAAUCUGCUAGCAAGGCCUCUUUCAGAUCUGCUCAUAGGUUCCGGGAAUCCCCUCUGCGUAGCCAUCAAUAUUCUCCCUCUGAAUUCCCACCAUCUCCUGGCCCUUCCUUUCCACCAACUUGGCCAGGUUACAGAACUGUUACACGAAGCACCAAGGAAAUCUCUUUGUCUCCACCUCUUGCCUCUGCUUCCCCUCAUCAGUCCAUAAGACGUUCUUCCCUGUCAUAUUCUCCUCAGGCUGCUUCUCCUCCUCUGACCUUUACAUCCCCUAUACAGAAGGGGCUGAUCCUGCAGCCCCAUAUUCCAGUAGUCCUUCCUGUGAUUGCUGCCCAGAAUGGCAGACUCCAGGGGCCUACAGAUGCAGUGGUCCAAAACACCUCAGCAAAUGUACCUCAGUCGGGUCUGAAUGGCCGACAUGAAGAUUGUUUAGUUACACGAAUUCCUCUAAGCUCCUCUAGGACGCAGCCAAAGAGAAAAGAUCAAUCUUUUUUCUCCUAUUUAGAAGCAGUGCCCAUUUCACAUUUACCUGUGGUGACCAGCCCACCUGGGUCCUUUAUCCAGGCUUUUUCUUGGCCCUCCCAACAGUUGCCUCAUUCUCCACACCAGCUCUAUCCAUCUAUGUCACACUUUGUUUCAUUACAUCCUCAUUAUGCUGCUUUUUCUGAGAUGAAUUUGUCCAAGAGGACCCCUUCUUACAUGGCUUCAUCUACCUUUUCCCACAUGAGUAAGUACUUGACUUGAAAAUAUGUAGAUGCAUUUCCUUUUUUAGAAUAUAUGUUUUAAAUAUAUGUAUUUAUAGCACAACACAUAAGUACUGUAGUCCUUGAUGGUUAUAAAGUCCUGUUUUCCAUUCAGUCUUUUAGUAGCCCUUUAGAUGCUUAUGAUGCAGGGUUACCAUCCAGAGAAUGUUGUAACUGAUGUAAUGUAAAAUCGUGAUUAGGGCAAUCUUUUCUACACUUGGCAGAUUCUAAGUUUAGUAAUCACCAUGCUAUUUGAGUAGUUGAAAUGUAUGUAUGUGGAAUAUGGGUUGGGAAAUUACUGGUUUAGUGUCCUAAUCCCUAUUACAUGAUCAAAGCAUUUUCAAUGAAGGAGCAUUGAAGAAGAGAAUCCAGGAAGUAAUUUUAGUUAAGAUUUCAUAAAAGUAGAUCUGCAAUUGAUAGCUGAAUAUUCUGACAAGUAUAUUUGUGUCUGUAUGUAUAAUGCGUUGUAUAUCUGUGAUUGCAUGAUCUCUGUAGAUGCCAUAUACUAAAUAAAAUAAAAUCUGACAAGAUUGCUAGUUAAGCAAGCAAUCUGGACACUUUAAAGCAGAGAAAUCAACCUUGGGUAGCAAAGAGAUGCACAUUAUUAUUAUU